GGAAUUGAAGUAAACCCUGACACAUAGAUAGACAGACAGAGAGAGAGAGAGCUCAGCCACACGGCCAGCAUGUUCCCAGGCAGCUACAGAGGCGCAGGGCCCUACAGCAGCUCCCCGGUCCCCAGGCCUACACAGAAGUACAGCAUGCCCCCGUGUGGGAUGGGCAGUGUGGUACCCUCACUCACCACCAUCGCCAGCAGCCAGGAGCUCCAGUGGAUGGUGCAGCCCACAGUCAUCACCACCUCCACGUCGAACCUCUACCCAAGGACCUACCCUUACCCACACCCUGGGGUGGGCCCUGCCCCGGGCACCUCAGGCACCUCGCGGGCCGGGGUCAUCAGGGCGAUGGUGCCCCCUCUCGUGGGGAGACGGCGCAGAGAAGAGGAGGUGUCACCAGAGGAGGAGGAGAGGAAGAAACUGCGAAGGGAGAGAAACAAACUGGCAGCAGCAAAGUGUCGGAACAGGAGGAGAGAGCUGACCGAGAGAUUGCAGGUGGAAACGGACCAACUCGAGGACGUGAAGUCAGGCUUGCAGAAGGAAAUUGCUGAUCUGCAGAAGGAGAAGGACAGAUUAGAGCUCAUCCUGGAGGCUCAUCAUCCCAUUUGCAAAAUUCCGGACGAUUCCAGGGGCCCCUCGACUUCGGGAAUGGUCAGAGGUCUCCCGGCGAGGCCUAAGGACCUGGUUGCUGAGACAGCCGGCUGCCUUUCCAGGCCCAAGCCACUGAAAGUCCCCAUCAGGCCUAUCCCCGAGAUCAGUGUGAGCAAGGGGAGCCCUGAGCCCGAGGCCUUGCACACGCCCACCCUCCUGCGGACCCCCUUGGUCACCCCCUUCACUGCCAGCCUGGCCUUCACCUACCCCAGCCUGCCGGCCUACGACCCGGAACCUUCCGCCGGCCCCUCGGGCCAGGGCCUGGGCCUCUUUGCCCCCCCGGAGCCGUGCGCCGCCGCCCAUCGCCGUGGCAGCAGCAGCGGCGACCAAUCGUCGGACUCGCUCAGCUCCCCGACCUUGGUGACCCUUUAG